CUGACAUAUUGAGGAUUUUUUAAAUUAUGGAUUUACACUACAGUUAUUAAUCACCCCUGAUCUCCCAUCCAGAUCUCAAUCUUACUACCAGCAGCACAAAAUGCAAAGAUGUGUCCAGUUUUCACUACAGCUCUGAGCGUUCACAAGUGUGGAGCGCUAGCUUUCGGAACGCCCUUCUCAUUGGCUGAGCCAAUGCAAGUGACAUCAACCAACUUACUUUUGAUUGGAAGGCUGGUUGCUGGGACUGUAGCGUUUGCAGGAAGUCACUUAACUAUUUGCGGGCUGGAAAACUGAAGCUGAGUUGUCUUUUUGUCAACCGAACGGGCGCAACUGACUAGGGGCGAGGUAUCCCGAAGCCCCGCAAGCUGAAACGUGAGCGGGGAAGGUUUGGAGUGGUGCUCGGACCGGGUGGCCCCCGCGAAGAUGCGCGGCCACUGCUUCCCUGCCUCCCGGCUGUUACCCUUUUAAAUGUCAGCGCUGGGGGCUGUAGGGGGUAGCACGAGGCAGCGGAACGGAACAGUCGGAUUGGCCGCACGCCUCGGUUCUAGACGCACCUCUCCACCGAAAAGCCCUUCUGACUGGCAGGGGGAGAAAGUAAACAGAGUUGAAUCACUCUCCCCAAUGGCCAAUUGGAGGGGGUUUGGAUUGUGACGUGAUGGGAUUCUGCGAAAUUGUUACUGAGCAAGAGAAUGCCGGAACGGUGCGGACCGGCAGAAGCAGGGGCUUAGAAGCCGUCAGUGGAGUAGGGGAAAAGUGUCUCUUAGACUCGGCGCUCCUUCCGGCCCUGGCCACCCGCGUCGGGGUGGUCAUCUAAAUGUCCUGGGGCUUUGGCUCGACGGAGAGGCGGCCGAGGGCGUGUACCUCUCUUGCAGUUUCCUCUCCCAGCGCCUCGGGGGCGUUUUCAGUCGAAUAAACUUGCGACCGCCACGUGUGGCAUCUUUCCAAGGGAGCCGGCUCGGAGGGCAGAGCAGGGAGCGCCCGUCGGGGGAUCGCGCCCGGCGCGGGGCAGGGCGGCGGCGAGAGCGGCGGCGCGGCGGAGCCGGGCGGUGGAUGCUGCGUGCGGAGGCGCUGCCGGUUACGUAAAGAUGAGGGGCUGAGGUCGCCUUGGCGCUCCUGCGAGUCGGAAGCGCCCGCGCCCCCGCCCCCUUGGCCGCGCCGAGCCGCGCCGCGCUAGUCGUCCGAGGCCAGGGCAGGGCGAGCCGAACCUUCCGCAGCCACAGCCAAGUUUGGCCGCGUCGCCGGGAACUGCUGUCGCCCGCACCAUGUCCGCGGCCGCCUACAUGGACUUCGUGGCUGCCCAGUGUCUGGUGUCCAUCUCGAACCGCGCUGCGGUGCCGGAGCAUGGGGUCGCUCCGGACGCCGAGCGGCUGCGACUACCUGAGCGAGAGGUGACCAAGGAGCAUGGUGACCCGGGGGACACCUGGAAGGAUUACUGUACGCUGGUCACCAUCGCCAAGAGCUUGUUGGACCUGAACAAGUACCGACCCAUCCAGACCCCCUCGGUGUGCAGCGACAGUCUGGAGAGUCCCGAUGAGGAUAUGGGAUCCGACAGCGACGUGACCACCGAAUCUGGGUCGAGUCCUUCCCACAGCCCGGAGGAGAGACCGGAUUCUGGCAGCGCGCCCAGCCCGCUCUCCCUCCUCCACCCUGGAGUGGCUGCGAAGGGGAAACACGCCUCCGAAAAGAGGCACAAGUGCCCCUACAGUGGCUGUGGGAAAGUCUAUGGAAAAUCCUCCCAUCUCAAAGCCCAUUACAGAGUGCAUACAGGUGAACGGCCCUUUCCCUGCACGUGGCCAGACUGCCUUAAAAAGUUCUCGCGCUCAGACGAGCUGACCCGCCACUACCGGACCCACACCGGGGAAAAGCAGUUCCGCUGUCCGCUGUGCGAGAAGCGCUUCAUGAGGAGCGACCACCUCACCAAGCAUGCCCGGCGUCACACCGAGUUCCACCCCAGCAUGAUCAAGCGAUCGAAAAAGGCACUGGCUAACCCUUUGUGAGGUGCUACCACCCACGGCAUCCAGGGAGGGAUGGCCCCCCGAAGGACAAAACUACUCCCAGGAAACAGACAGACAGACACGUGGAUACCCAGCCCCAGCAGAGGCGUGCUGACAGUGGGAGGUCACUGCUCUUUGGUCAAUAUUCUAAUUUUCCUCUCCCUGCAUUGUUUUUGAAAAAGCACACGGUAGCCUGAGAUCAAAGUCAACACUUGAUCCCCUUUAGAGAGGCAACUCUCUGACUGCUAGAGGGAAGGCAAAUGCUUUUUUGUUUUGUUUUGUUUUGUUUUUUCACUUUUACUUUUUGGGGGGAAGGGGGGAGGGAGGGGACAAGGCCAAGACUGGGGUAGAAUUUUCAAGAUUCACACUGGUGUACAUAUGUCUGACUGGGUGAGUUGACCUGUGGUGUCACACAGAAAUUCUGGGCCCUUUAUGCUUGCUGUCUCUCAGAAUUGUUUUCUUACUUUUUAAUGUAAUGAGAAGUGUGCUUCAGUUUAGCAAAUCCACUCUCUGAUUGAAUCACGGUUAACUUUUGAGAUUUAAAGAAACAAACAACUCCAUAGCACAGCUGUCUUUAUGCAAGCAAGAGCACAUCUAUUCCAGCAUGAGCCGUCAUCUAAAGACUUGAAAACAAACAAACAAAAAAGUUACUUAUAGUCAAUGGGUAAGCAGAGUCUGGAUCUAUACUAACCAAGACAAACCUUGUAAAGGUUAUCCUAAGUCCGGAACUUGUAAACCUUGCUUUGUAUGAAUUGUACUUUUUGGACAUAAAGCUGCACUUUUAUUUUCUAAUGCAGAGGAUGAAUAAGUUAAAUACAUGCUUUAAGGGUAGAAGCAGAUAUUCUGUUUGGCACAACGUUAUAAUCUGCUUAUUUUAUCAGUAUACACGUUUCCCUAAGAAAUCACAGCCGAUUGUGAGCGCAGAAUACACACAAGGCAUACUGAAGGAGAAGGAGGGUAGCAUUUUCACAAGUCCAAAAAAGAGCAAACAAUUUUAACUCUAGUAACUUGUCCAAAUUUUCCUGUCCUUUCAGUUAGCACCGUCUUAUUAUAUCAUCAUGCCCCUGAGAGAGACAGAGAAAGAGCUUCCACCUCCCUGGUGUUACUUGAAUGGGUGUAACAGUCACCAGGCCUGGAAAUGCCUAAUUUUUUUUGGAGGGGGUGAGGAAUGUUGGUCUCCUUCCCAUGUACCUAUAAAACUCCCACUCUCAGGUGCAAGAGUUAUGUCAAAAGAAAGGGAGCUGAACUAUGAAAAGAAAAAUAUACCCCUGGAAGCACUAAGUGUCAAGGGAAAAUACCACGAUGAUUUCAGAGGUGACUGCCAAUUAGUUCCUUUUGGUGAAUGUAGGCAAAACGAAUCAUGCAUGAGUGAAAUCCGAUCACCGUACCUUUCCAUCAGUAGCCUUGCCACUGUAGAUCUCAUCUCUAGGUGUCUACAAGGCCUAUACCACUGCAUUCAUACUACACCACUUACCGAAAACUUCAUUUCGGCCUUUACAUGGCCAGAAAAAUGAACUGAGUUUUCAUAGUUAAAACAGCAACAAAAAGCAAACCUCAGAUGAGGGGAGUCAGCAGUGAUCAUGGGGAAAAUGUUUACAUUUAUUUUUCUUCAGAAAUAACGCUUUCUGGCGAUUUUAUCUGAUACAUAUUUUCAAACAGGGAGCUAUGGUGCACUCUAGUUUCUCCAUGUGCUACAAAACGUGUUGUGUAAACACAGGGCGCCCACCUGUAGGUGAGCUUGGUGUUUCACCUGACCCACGCUCAUUUCUGAUUCAGCAUCGUUGAGGGGGGGGCUCCUGCAGUGGGCAUGGGUCACAGCUGACUCCAACUUCCAGUACAAUAGCCAUCACUAGCACGGUGUUUUUUGUUUAAUCAGCGUAGCCGUAUCAGUAGUUCUAUCAAGAGAACUGCUUUUAACAUUAGGACUGGGAGCAGUCCAUGGGCUAAAAAGGAAAGUGUUUUCUCAUGAGAAAACAUGUCAGGAAGAAUAAAGAACACUUUCUACCUCUGUUUCAGACUUUUGAAACGCUUAUUUUAAACCAAAUUUUAAUUUCUGUGUCCAAAAUAAGUUUCAAGGACAUCUGUUCUUCCAUACGAAAUAGGUUGGGCUGCCUAUUUCUUACUGAGCUCACGGAAAGGCUCUGCUUAGGGUACUCUGCACGCUGCCUUUUAGUAAGUGAGGAGUUUGGGGUUGCCUAGCAACUGGCUAACUUGGAAAAACUCAGCUUUCCCUCGCAGAAAGAAACAAGGAAAACAAAGUCAAGUCAGUGAAAGACAAUCUUUAUCGUUUCAGGAGUAAGUCUAAAUGUGGCUUUUGUCAAGCACUUAGAUGGAUAUAAAAUGCAGCAACUUGUUUAAAAAAAAUGCACAAUUCCCAAAAAAGUUGCUACUUGCCUUUUCAAGUUGUUGACAGACACACAUUUGAUAUUCUCUUAUAUGUUAUAGUAACAUAACGUAUAAACAAGGCUUUUUAUUCUUUGUGAUAAAUCCUGUUUUACAACAUCACAAAACAGGAACCAGCAUUCAAAUUAGAUUUACUAUAUCAAGAUGUGGUUCAAAUAGGACUACUAGAGUUUGUUGAACACUAAAACUACAAAACAAUUACUUUUUAUAUUAAAAAGACCAUGGAUUUAACUUAUGAAAAUCCAAAUGCAGGAUAGUAAUUUUUGUUUACUUUUUUAACCAAACUGAAUUUUUGAAAGACUAUUGCAGGCGUUUAAAAGGAAAGAGAAGCUGUUUUAUCUAAUACUGUAAGUAGUUGUCAUUUAUGGAAAAUUUAAUAGUUUUAGAGUUAAGAGAUCUCCUCUUCUUGGUUGGGGAAGAAGAAGCCCUUGGUCGUUGUGGAAUGGUGCCCUGGCUUUAAGCUCCACAUCAUGCUUAUUUUGAGAAUUCGAUUUGGUAGUUACAAUUACAGAAAACAAUCAGUUUGUCAGUUUCCAGAUAGAUUUAGCAGUACCCGUCACCCUGGGUAGAUCAAGAUGCUCUUUCACAAUGGAUGGAUGGUCUGUAACACUGUAAGAUACUGAUCUUUACAACUGUUUAAUCGGUUUUAUUUUUGUACAGUAUUAGUGACCUAAGUUAUUUUGCUGCCCCAUUUUUGUAAAUCAAAUGAAACUAUAAGAGGAUUCUGACAGUAGGUAUUUUGUACAUAUGUAUAUAUGUUGUCCAAAUAAAAUAAUAAAUGAUAAAGACUGAAUUGUUCCAGACAUUAUGUGUUGUAAAAGGAACACAUUUCAUCAUAAGAGAAGUGGCUUUGUUAAUCUGGGCUCACGGGAUUGUAGGAUGAAUGCAAAGCUAAUUUUACCCUGUACCUUUCAACACGUGCCGUGUUUGUAUGAACUUGUAUUUACUUGUCACAAACCUUCAAAGGGGUUAUGUGGAAGGUAGGCCACUUGAAACUACGGUGGUAUGCUGGAGAUAAAGCAUUUUGAGAUAAAUCACUUAAAGAGGUUUUUAAAGCUAGGUGAAGGUCUACUGGGGACAGGUCAGAGAGAGUGUUAAAGACUCAGAUGGACUUCUUGCUAUGACACAACAAGAGUACCCAAAUCAAGGUUUCCAGAGCAGGACAGUAAAAACAUACCAAGAAAAGAUGAGCAGCAGUAUUUGGGUGUGUAUUCUGAUUUGUGUAAUUAGACUAGCUAUUACUUAUUAAGCUCUUCCUGUAUACUAGUCAUGGUGCCAAGUGUUAAAGUUUCUCAUUUAAUCCUUUCAGCGGUUCUGUGUGGCAGAGAGAGUGUUGCUCUCUGUAUAUUUCAAAUGAGGAAACAAGAUUGAACAAUUUGCCAAGAGAAACAUCUAAUAAGUGGUGUAGAUGGUACCAGCUGACUCUCCCUUAUCCAAAAUACUUGGAACAAGAGCUAUUCUGUAUUUCAGAGAUUUUUUUUUUGAUUUUGGAGUAUUUGCAUAUGCAUAAUAAGAUAUCUUGGGGAUGGGACCAAGUCUAGGCAUUAAAUUCAUGUGUUUUUCAUAUAUACUUUACAUACAUAGUCCAAGGCAACUUUUUGCAACAUUUUUAGUGUGCUUGGGUUUUGACUGCAACCACUCAACAAGGUCCAACAUGGAAUUUUCCACUUGGGACAUCAUGCUGGCACUCAAAAAUUUCAGAUUUUAGAGCAUUUGAAUUUUCAUAUUAGGGCUAUUCAACUCAUAUUUGAAUAUAGAUCUGCUGAAUCCAGUCCACUGCCUCGGAGCAGCAGGGGACUUUCUGGAAUGUAAUCAUUCUUUUGACCCAAUUUAUUGAGCACUCCUAUUAGUUCCAGCCGCUGUUGUCACAAAGGUGAAAAAACAGAUCAGGUUCCUGCAAUAAAGGCGCUCAUAGUCAGUGGAGGAAAACACAAGUACACAAUUAUCUAUAUGGCUUUGGGUGGUGAGAAGUAUAACGAUGGCAAAACAGGGUGAUUAGAUCGGGGCUUGAGGCUGGAGAGAGACUCCUUACAGGGAGUGUUCAGGGAAGGUCUCCCCAAGGGGACUUAACCAUUUAAACUGGAACUUAGAUAACAAAGAGGAGUCAGCCAUGCAAAGAUGUGGAAGGAAUGAGGAUGCCAGGGCAAAGAGUCUGAUAGGAAUACAGUUAGCAUUUUGGAGUAACUGAAGGAAGGACACGGGUGGCUGGAGUGGAAACAGAUGGGAAGAGAGGGAAGACUAGGGGAGGUUGUCAGGAGUCGGCUCACAAAUUGUGGCCUUGUCUUGCUUGCAGGUUAGAACUUGGUGCUUGCUUCUGAGUCUAAGGGCAGGAGGAUCUAUUGGAAGUUUAGAGCGGAGUGUGCUAUGAUCCGAUGUAUAGUUCAGCAAGCUCUUUCUGGGGUACUGUGUGAAAAAUGGAUUCCUUAGAGAUGAGUGGCAGUUGAGAGACUAGCGAGGAGAUUGUUGCAUUUGUGUAGGUAAAAGACGUUAGUCAUCCAGACUAGGUGGUUAGCAGUGGAGAUGGAAAGAAGUGAAUAUUCCCAGAACUAUGCUGGAGGCAGGACUUGAUAUGAGGAUGUGAGGGGAAGAGAACAGAAAAGUCCAGGUAACCUCAGGUUUAUUUUCUAAGGAACAAGAGGCUAAUGCAGAUGGAAGAGAUGGAGGAAAGCAAAAAAGGAGAGGCUUGGCAGGAGGGAAACUUAACAGAUUCAUCUUUGGACAUGGUGAAGCUGAAGACCCCAUCAGAUGUCACAUGGAAAUGUCUAUAGAACUAUCCUAUAUUAGAGUUCAAAAAGAGAGAUCUGGACUGGAGACUAUAUAAUUAUAGGUCUACAGGUCAUAAAUGACAAUAAUUGAAGCCAAAAAAGUAAGUGAGAUGGGGACGAGCUACGAUAUACAACAAGAGUGGGGUGAUCAAUUGAAUGCUGUCAAAGGGUGUACCAGUGCUGGGAAGGCUCCACCAUGUUUAGGAACUGGAGCUCAUCAGUGGCCAAUUAGAAUGCUGGAAAUACAAAUCUAGCUCAUUAGCUGGAAGCAGCAAUUGGGAGGCAAAAAUCCGCAAGUAGGAAGUACAGUCAAUUCUUGCACAGUUUGCAGAAAACAAAACAGGCUUGAUUAGUAGACAGACUUGAUCAAUUUCAGACAGGGAAAAGAGAUGCAGCAGGAGAGAAACAAAACAAAUAAGGAAAACAGAAUCUGUGUGUCACUUAAACCUCUUUAUUACAAGUUAGUUUCUCAACCCAGGCAUGGUGGUGCACACCUAUUAUCCCAGCACUUGGGAGGCUGAGGCAGGAAGAUCUCAAGUUUGAGGCCAGCCUGGUCUUACAACCAUAGUGAAACCCACUGGCCCCAAAAUUUUAGGUUCUCAGUUUGGA